CGCCCUCUCCCACAAACCCGCAGCACCGCACCGUGGAGGUCACCACCGCAAUGUCACACACCCAGCCAGCCACGCUCGCCGACGAGAAGCACGCCGCCGACGCCACAGCGCCCGCGACGGCCACCAUGGACCGCGACAGCAGCGUCGAGGAGAAGGGCUCCAUCUCGCACAACCCGCUCGCCGACCUGCGCGAGGCCACCGAGAAGGGUGCCGUCGACGACUUUGGUCGUGCGGCCGUGCGCUUCGACGAGGCGGCCGAGGCGCGUCUGCGCCGCAAGAUCGACCUGCACAUUCUCCCGCCGGUGGCACUCAUCUACAUUUGGUGCUUCAUCGACCGUGCCAACAUUGGCAAUGCGCGACUCGCCGGCCUCGAGCGCGACUUGCAGCUGCGUGGCUACGACUACAACACUCUCCUGUCGAUCUUCUACGUCAGCUAUAUCCUGUUUGAGAUCCCCGGCACGGUGCUCUGCAAGCGCAUGGGCCCUGGUCGCUUCCUUCCCCUCGCCACUAUGGUCUUCGGGCUGCUGUCGCUCUGCUUCGCCUUCGUUGGCAGCGCCAACGACCCCUUCGGCGCAGCGCUCGCCGUGCGCUUCCUGCUGGGCGCUGCGGAGGCGCCGGUGCUCCCGGGCAUCGCCUACUAUAUGUCGCGCUGGUACAGAAAGGACGAACUCGUCUUCCGCCUGGCCUGCUACAUCGUGUGCGCACCGCUGGCUGGCGCGGUCGGCGGCCUGCUCGCAUCGGCGAUCCUGACCAUCGACAACAUCGGUAUCAUCCGCCAGUGGGAGCUCAUCUUCUUCAUCGAGGGACUCGUGACCAUCGCUGUCGGCGUCAUCGCCUACUUCACAGUAACAGACCGGAUCGGAACCGCGCGCUGGCUGAGCGAGGAAGAGCGCGAGCUCGCUGAGGCCAGGAUUGCGAGCGAGAAUCCGCGCGCAAACGCCGUGCUGGACCAAGUGCGUGGCAAGAUGAUCCUGAGAGGUGUGUUCAAUACCACCUCCAUGCUGGCCGGACUAGCAUUCCUUCUCGACAACAUUGCUGUGACCUUCUUCACGCCGACCAUCGUGCGCGCGAUCUUCCCCGGAAGGAGCACGGUCAUCAUCCAGCUCCUCACCGUGCCGCCGUAUAUCGUCGGCGCGAUCAGCGUCCUCGCGAUCCCCUUCUACUUCCAGAAGCGCCCGCGCUGGAUCUCGGUCGUCCUUUGCGGCACGAUCAUGGCAGUGUCGUACGCCAUGGUCCUCGGCUCUCGCAACCGUAGCGUACGCUAUGCGGCAACGUUUCUCGGGGCCCUUUCAGCUUUCCCUUUGGGCGCCAUCUUGCCUGGUUGGGCGAGCACGAAUGCAGUCAACGACAGCCAGCGCGCCGGCGCCAUCUCAACCGUCAUCAUGAUGGGCAACGUCGGCGGCCUCAUCGCGACGUGGACGUACCUGCCUGCGUAUGCGCCCGAUCAGCGCCCCGGCAACGGCCUCAAUACGGCCAAUGGCGCAACCAUUGCCCUUAUUGGCAUGCUGCUCGCCUUCCUGCUUACGCGAGAGAACAAGAAGCGCGCGCAGGGCAAGCGCGACCACCGCCUCGACGGGCUCACGCCCGAGGAAGAGGAGACGCUGGCGCACCGCCACCCUCGCUACCGCCUGCGCAUCUGAGGCUCUCUCCCCGUGUACUCUCUCCUUCACGUCGCCUGUAUCCGUCGCCCGCCUGUGACCCUGCGUGUCCGCUCUUUACCCGACGCAACCUCACGAGACCUUGAUCUGUCACCGCCUGUGCCAGACCGUGCU